CCCCGACCAUGGGCAGCCAGAGCUCGAAAGCGCCCCGGGGCGACGUGAGCGCCGACGAGGCGGCCCCCGCCAAGGCCAACGGACAGGAGAACGGCCAUGUGAAGAGCAACGGAGACGUGCCCCCCAAGGCCGAGGCCGAGGCCGCCCCCCCGGGCCCUGCCGAGCCGGCCGACGCCGCCCGGGGCAGCGGCGACGCCAUCGAGCCCACGAGCCCCGCGGCACAGAGCCCGGGCGGUGAGGCCAAGGCCGAGGGGCCGCCCAAGGAGACGCCCAAGAAGAAGAAGAAAUUCUCCUUCAAGAAGCCCUUUAAGCUGAGCGGCCUGUCCUUCAAGCGGAACCGGAAGGAGGCGGGGGGCGACUCGGCAGGCUCCUCGCCCACCGAGGAAGGGGCGCCCGAGGCCGAGGCGACGGGCAGCCAGGGGCCUCUGCAGGGGGGCGAGGAAGAGGCAGCCGCCGAUGGCACGGCCGCCCCGGCCCAGGGGGCUCAGGCCGACGACAGAAAGUUGGAGGAGCCGGCCCCCCAGGCCGCCGAGGGGGCCCCGGCCCCCGAGCAGAGCCCCACGCCAGCCCCGGACGGCGAGCAGAAGGAGUAGCCCCCGGGCGGGGAGGGGCAGGUGGGCAUCUCCCGAGUUCAAAGACUGUGCUUCCCCCACCCCGGGCUGGGUCAAUGCCCUCCUCCCGUGCCCAGCUUAGAACAGGCAGCUGAGACCUCCAGGCAGAGCUGUUCUCCCCCCACCUCGGACCCCUGUGGACUGUCUCUCCUCCCCUCUGCCCUCCUCCCCUAGCGAGCCCCCUUCAUCCCGCCUGCUCUGCAGUUCCCUGUUAGGUUAGUGGAGUGAGAUGCUCAGCCCAGCCCCAGCUCCAGGCCCUGCUCCUACCCCUUUCACUGGUGAGCCCUAAUCUUUCUUCCCCGGUAGGUUUGCUCUUGCUCUCCUCAGUCGCUGAGGCUGAAGUGGGCUGCCUCUGGGCUGGGGCUCAUUCAGAGGAUUUUGUGCCGGCGGCCCCUGCUGGCCCCACCGGCUUGGGAGGGAGCUAACCUGGUUGGGUUUUUAUAAAUGUCUUGAUCAGUUUCAAACUCCAGCUUUGUGCGCCUGCUGUGUGUUCCUUUUGACUUUGUAGGGGAGCUGAAGGGUUCUGGGGGGAGGGGGAAUCUGUAUAAUGUGAAGCAACUUGUUUGUCUCGUUUUUCUUCAUUUGUAAAUAAUUUUUAAUGGCCAAAACUAAACUUGUGACUUUUUCUAACUGCUAAAACCAACCUCCCAUCUGGGUUUUAACUGUAACAUUUGGAAAAGGAAUAAAUGUCAGGCCCUGUUGUGAUGACCUAA